GUCGCGAGUAUGAUUUUUCUGUGAUUAGGGAUUAUUUCAUACCCCACACUAUUAUAACGUCGCCUCAACCUUGUAGUGUACUACUCAUUGAAUAUACUUUAGAACUUCUUGCAGUUGCUGGCGAGCAAGAGGCAAAGUCAAAAUGGAGUCGUUCAUAUUCUCCAAUAAAAAGAAUUACUAUUGUAACACCUGAAGCGCGUUCAGUUGGAGAUGCACUGAGAAAAUUAGAUGCAAAAUA